AUGCGCCCAGCGAUCUUCUUGUCCGCAGCACUGCUCUGCCUUGUGACAUGUGGCAAUGCCGUCAAAGCAGCGUUGGACUUGCAGAACCCCAUCUCGUCGGACGUCAGUUCGCCUGUGGUGGCCAACGACAAUCGGGUUCAAUCUGAUGAGAGCACGAAGCAACGGCGCUUGUUUUCGACGUGGGAAGAGAAGGAUUCGGAAUCUGAUGAUGACUCGCCGGCGGCUGCAGAGGACAGCACUGCCAAGGACGCGCAAUUUGGCAAUACAGGCGCGCCAGCUCGUGAAAGCACCUACGCCCCCGACAGCGAUAGCAAUUUGGUCAGCUUAAGUGUCCCUCACAGAUUCGGCGACCGUGUCCUCCCAGGCCCUCAUUCGAAACGCAGAUUCCGAAAGCGUCGAUACUGGUUUGCGAUGAAGUACGCAAGGUAUUUUUACAGCAAACACCGGAACCGUGCGCAGGUGCUGCAAAAACUCGCCUUGAACCAAUUGAAAGGCGGUCUUAUUGCUAGGUACAGCACGUUUAUCAACGAAGGCUACCUUGAUUAUCUGGACUUUCAAUGCGCCAAUCCUAUCAACAAGUUAGAGCUCGCUUGUGCAUAG